GGGUCCAAUCCAAGCCAAGCUCAUGUUUACGUGCGGUUUUCCCGCACGCUUCGCACGUGUUUACUGACUCUACGCUUAUAAAAUUAUGUAAGCUUGACCAAGCCGAAGUGCGUUGACCCCACUGGUUGAGCCAAUAUUGAUUGAGCACGAUGUCUCAAAGUCGGCUAGCGUACAAGCUGAAGUCGAUGGCUGCGGUCGUUGGUGGAGCGGCCGUCGGUUUCCUGGGCGUUGCAGCGGCUUCGGGCAACCCGGACUUCUUCCGGGACGUGGCUAUGCCCUUCGUACACCGAAUUAUGAGCCCCGAGAGCGCCCACCGGAUGGCCAUUCUGGCUGCCCGCUGGCAGCUAGUCCGUGGCCAGAGAAAACCCGAUCCCCCGGUGCUGCGCACGGAGCUGUUUGGGCUGAGCUUCGAGAACCCCGUGGGAUUGGCGGCCGGUUUCGACAAGCACGGGGAAGGUGUGGGAGGCCUCGAGCGCUGGGGCUUUGGCUUUGUGGAGGUGGGCUCGGUGACUCCUCUGCCCCAGCCAGGGAACCCCAAGCCCCGUGUCUUCAGGCUUGCUGAGGACCUUGCUGUAAUCAACAGGUAUGGCUUCAACAGUGUGGGGCACGACCAGGUGCUGUCCUCCUUGGAAGCCGGAAGGCACGGCUGGAAGCGGCCGGUGGGCGUGAACCUGGGCAAGAACAAAGAGAGCGCCAGUGCGGCAGACGACUAUGCACAGGGGGUUCUCAAGUUCGGGGAGCUGGCGGACUACCUGGUCAUCAACGUGUCCAGCCCCAACACCCCAGGCCUCAGGGGACUCCAAGGACAGCGCGAGCUCAGGCAGCUGCUCAAACAGGUUCUGGGAGCAAGAGACUCCCUUUCCAAACGGACCCCUGUUCUGGUGAAGGUGGCACCUGACCUGAGUGACCAGGAAAAGGCAGACAUUGCCGCUGUCGUGACAAGCAAAGAGUGUCGGGUGGACGGUCUGGUGGUGUGCAACACGACCGUAAAGAGGCCGCCCGAGCUGCACAGCGAGCACAGGCAUCAGGCGGGGGGCCUGAGCGGAAGGCCCCUGACCGACCUCUCGACCAGGACCAUCGCGGACAUGUAUCGUCUGACCAAAGGCAGCGUGCCCAUAAUCGGGGUCGGGGGUGUGCUGACCGGGGAAGAUGCAUACGCCAAAGUGAAGGCUGGGGCCUCCCUGCUCCAGAUGUACUCGGCCCUGGUGUUCUACGGGCCGCCUGCCGUCUGCACCGUCAAGGAGCGCCUCGCGGAGCUCCUGAGCAAAGAUGGUUACACCACGAUUGCAGACGCAGUCGGAGCAGACCAUCGCAAGUGACCAAGGCACUCUCUUUCUGAAUCUGCACUUCCCAGGCUCCUUAAUGUUUUUGCUCUCUCUAGUUAAUAAAUUAUAUUGUUUUAUAA